UAAAUAAAUCCAGCUGAGAGACGCAUCUCUGUCUCUGUGUGUGAAUUUGGGUUUACUGUUUGGAGAUAACUCUGCGCAACUUAACGAGUUCUCCCUCCUUUUUGGACAAAGUAAGUACAGUUUCUCUGAUCCGCCAUUUGGCCACGGUAGAAAGGUUUAACUUGGCUCUGCUCCGGUAAUACCGGUACAUCCGCUGCACACAACAGCGAAUAUCAUCUCCUGAAGAACGGACCAAGGCGACCAGCUUCCCUUUCCCCCGUGUCUUCCCGUCGAUGAUCGCCUGUAAACUCUCCUCCUCCGCCGCCGUGCCUAAGGAGUAACAGGACGGUUCUUUUCGCUGCCGAGCGUUAAGAUAAAGGAGCAGCCCGCACCGAUAUUCCUGGCCGCUCACCGCAACAGGAAUCACGCGUACAGCAUCGGGAUCACACGGAGUGAUUCCCUCAAAUCUACAUGUUGUUGAGGUGAAAUGGCGCAGAAAGGAGUUCAGCUGGACCGGGAGACCAUCUCUUGUUCGAUCUGUCUGGAUCUACUGCAGGAUCCGGUGACUAUUCCCUGUGGACACAGCUACUGCAUGAACUGUAUUAAAAGCUACUGGGAUGGAGAGGAUGAGAGGAAAAUCCACAGCUGCCCUCAGUGUAGGCAGACCUUCACACCGAGUCCUGUCCUGAUGAAAAACACCAUGUUAGCAGUUUUAGUGGAGGAGCUGAAGAAGACUGGACUCCAAGCUGCUCCUGCUGAUCACUGCUAUGCUGGACCUGAAGAUGUGGCCUGUGAUGUCUGCACUGGGAGAAAAGUGAAAGCCCUCAAGUCCUGUCUGUUCUGUGUUGCCUCUUACUGUGAGACACACCUGCAGCCUCACUUUGAAUCACCUACCUUUAAGAAACACAAGCUGGUGGACCCCUCCAAGAAGCUCCAGGAGAACAUCUGCUCUCGUCAUAAUGAGGUGAUGAAGAUGUUCUGCCGUACUGAUCAGCAGUGUAUCUGUUAUCUCUGCUCCGUGGAGGAACAUGAAGGCCACGACACAGUCUCAGCUGCAGCAGAAAGGACUGAGAGGCAGAGAGAGCUCGAGGUGAGUCGACAAAACGUCCAGCAGAGAAUCCAGGACAGAGAGAAAGAUGUGAAGGAGCUUCAACAGCAGGUGGAGGCUAUCAAUCGCUCUGCUGAUAAAGCAGUGGAGGACAGUGAGAAGAUCUUCACUCAGCUGAUCUGUCUCAUGGAGAAAAGAAGCUCUGAUGUGAAGCAGCAGGUCAGAUCCCAGGAGGAAACUGAUGUGAGUCGGGUCAAAGAGCUUCAGGAGAAGUUGGAGCAGGAGAUCACUGAGCUGAAGAAGAAAGACGCUGAGAUGAAGAAGCUCUCACACACAGAGGACCACACCCAGUUUCUAUACAACUACCCCUCACUGUCAGCACUCAGUGAAUCUACAUCCAGCAUCAAUAUCCGUCCUCUGAGGUACUUUGAGGAUGUGACAGCGGCUGCUUCAGAGCUCAGAGAUAAACUACAGGACAUUCUGAGAGAGAAAUGGACAAACGUCUCACUGACAGUGACUGAAGUGGAUGUUUUACUGCCACAACCAGAGCCCAAGACCAGAGCUGAACUCUUAAAAUAUUCACGUAAAAUCACACUGGAUCCAAACACAGCAAACACACAGCUGUUGUUAUCUGAGGGGAACAGAAAAGCAAAAAUAACAUGGAAAAUGGAAAAACAGUCUUAUUCUAGUCACCCAGACAGAUUCACUGGAUGGGUUCAGGUCCUUAGUAGAGAGAGUCUGACUGGACAUUGUUACUGGGAGGUUGAGAGGAGAGGUUUUGGAGUUUCUGUAGCAGUCGCAUACAAGAAUAUCAGCAGAGCAGGGAGCAGGAAUGAAUGUGAAUGUGGAUUUGGACGAAAUGACAAAUCUUGGGCAUUAAGUUGGAACUAUAAUAGUUAUAACUUUUGGUUCAACAAUAUCUCAACUCCUGUCUCAGGUCCUGAGUCCUCCAGAGUUGGAGUGUACCUGGAUCACAUUGCAGGUAUUCUGUCCUUCUACAGCAUCUCUGAAACCAUGACUCUCCUCCACAGAGUCCAGACCACAUUCACUCAGCCUCUCUAUGCUGGAGUUGGGUUUGAUUUUCAUGAAGUCACUGCUGAGUUCUGUAAACUGAAAUAGACAGAAGUCAUUUAAGGGACAGUGGGUUAUAUUCUGCCUUUUAGUUGUUAAAUCCUAUUUUGUCUUGAUGUUUGUUGCUGAGAGCUGAUUGUUGUGGCGUUUCUUCACUGCACAGAGAUCACCUGUCAAUCAAACAUUGUGGGCGGUACUUUGACAUCUUCUCAUUAGUUGUUGUGUAAAUGUUUGAGUCUCUUUAGGUGGCGCUGUUCAGCCAUAGAGGUUAUCACUGCUCAUGAUGGCUUUUGUUAAGCUGAACUGACAUUUCUCUGCUCUCUAAAUAUAUAGGAUUUAAAGCACCAGACCUUCCUUUAUUGUAGAUAGUUUGUUCUUAUCACGUUGUACAUUUCUUAAGAUAAUCUGUAAUUACAUUAUUUUAACAUUACAUUUUGCUAGAGGACAUUUGUAGUUGUUGUCCAAAUUGAUGUACAAAUGAGGAAAUGUAAGGUGUUACACAAAUGUAAUCAACAUGAUCAUAAUCAAUAAGGAGAUACACAGCUGCUGUGCUCAAGAGGUUUGUCAUUUAUUUUAUACUUAAAUAUCUCAGUGGUCCCUGAAGGCAACAGUCUGUGUGUUCAUUUAGUCACAAAGCAGAACGUGAUAAUAAAAUGUUGUCUUAUAGAUCAGCUGUGAUUAUGAUAACAUGCUCUUCUACUGCUACUACCUUUACUACGACUACUGUAUGACUGCACAUCAUUUUUAUUACAGUAAUAAUGAUCAAUAUUAUGUAUCUGUUAGUUUGACCAAGUGGGCAGUAACAUUAAAGAAUAGUAGUUUCCCAGCAUGCUCUGUGUUGUGUUUGACUGGUCUCUGGUCCUCGCUCAGAGGCCGAGGUGCGUUCACUGACCUGGUUCAAUGAUAACAGCAGUGAUGACUGGUUGACUGAUGUCUGUCUGUGUGUGUCUGGCUCCACCUGCUGUUUCUUAUUUUAAUUACAGAGGACAAUCUACACUGAGUAACUUGUGCACUCUUUUUAUUAUUUACCUUCACUACAAAGAGUCUCUGUGAUACAACAUUGAUAUGGUGAGAUACUGCAGUACUACUUCUUGUGAAAUACUAUCGGUACACUGCACCAAGUAUCUAUGUUUCUAUUGCACACAUGCUCUAAAUCUGUACUUGGACCCCCUUUCUAUCAUUGAGUAAACUAAGUGACAUAU